AUGGAUCCGGUGGGAGCGAGCCUCGGAGCAAUCUCGCUCCUAUUCCAAGUCUUCUCUGGUUGCAUGAAAGCAUAUCAGCUUGUGUCUGAGGCACAGGGGCUGGAAGAAAAGCACAGGUUCUUUCGAAUCCGGUUCAAAACCGAACAGUACCGUCUACUUGAUUGGGGAGCGGUGGCAAAGAUAGACGAGCAGGACGGCACGUUCUUGACUAACAAAGCCAACCGAGCCGUCAUUAUGGAGGUUCUAGAUGAGCAGUAUCACCUGAUGAUGAAUUAUCAGAAGUUUGACGAUCGACUUCGGGGAACAGUGGCGCCACUCUUCCGUGAGCAGCCUGACGGGCUCAAUAUAACAGGUCGCAAUAGAGGAGACGAUCUUGACGACCUUGCUGGCCGGUUCCCGAAUGCAGACGGUUUGCUUAAGAAGGCUCUCGGCCUGGUUGACAGCACCAGAAAGCUUCCUGCUAGAUUCCGCUGGGUCUUCUCAGACCGUGAAAACAUGGAAGACCUACUGUCCAGACUGGCGACGAUGAACAAUUUCCUUCGAGACAUGUUGAGCACACACCAGAUUGAGAUACUUCGGGCUCAGGAGAUACGAACUUCGUAUCAAAUUGUCCAGAUGAAUAGUAGGAUGGACCACCUCAUCGAGGUCAUUCAGGCAGGCAUUCUCCCUUUACGAGUGGCUGCAGCAAGAAACCUGGCCCCGGCGGUAAUUAUUGACCCUCUGCAAUCCUCUCGCCGAGAAGCUUCGGCAGAUGGAUUUGGUCAAUGUCUACAACCCCUCGUGAAUCUUGCGCAAUUCAAGGCCAUAUCACAGGCCGUGGAAGAACAGGCACUCGAUAACGAGCUGCGCGAUCAAAUCGGGCUGCAGCACCAGCCAGAUGACAGGCCGCGUGGGUUGUGUCUCGAUCCUAGCCGGCUUGAGUUGGAUGCCCGUGAUCUAGCAGACAAGUCGAACCAGAAGGGGCAAAGAAGGGCGACAGGAUGGUACCAAGAUUCUUCGGCAGGGCAGACGUACCGGAGAAUCUGGAUCGAAUGGAAACAGAUGGAGCCUCAGCACCCACACAAGUCUCAGGACGGUCCAAAUCCGGCGACACUGAAAAGGUUCCAGGCACUUGUCGCGCUGCUCCAUGAGAACGAUGUAACAAGCCAGUUUCGCGCCCCUAAGUGUCUUGGGUACUUUUUCCAGAAGGCGACAAGAGACGUUAUCCAGUACGGACUUGUCUUCGAGAACCCUACAGAUGUAUCGCCCAGCUACCGCCCAACCUCACUACGCAGUCUUUUGGGUGGGGACUUCCGGAUGCCCAGCCUUAGUGCCCGGGUGGCGUUGAUCAGAACACUAGCUGAGAGCUUGGAGAAACUGCACGCAGUCAACUGGCUGCACAAAGACGUUAGGAGCGACAACAUUAUUUUCUUUUCACGCGAGGAAGAUGAUCUUCUUGAUUUGAAGAAGCCGUACUUAUCGGGGUUCGACUACUCGCGGCCGGAGAGCUCGGUGUCCUUGUCAGAGAACGCUCCAACCAGUCUAUGCAAUGACCUCUAUCGCCACCCAAAUGUACAAGGCGGUCCAGUCGAGCGAAGCGGUGCAUAUCGCAAGUGCCAUGAUAUUUAUAGCAUGGGUCUGGUAUUUGCUGAAAUAUCACUUUGGAAGCCCCUCGAGUCUUUAGUGGGGAUAGUUGACACCGCACAACUGAAGGUCAGUGACGUGUCAAGCGUUCGUGGUACCCUUAUGAGCAAGAGCUACCAGGAGAGCUUUCAGAGCUUUAUGGGUGACACUGUUGCACAAGUGAUCCAGAUAUGCUUGCAGGGUCUAUCUGCAGGUAUCUCAACAGAGAACACUUCCAGAAGAGAGAGCUUGGAAGGAGAGCAACUACAAGCUAUGUUUUAUAAGAUAGUGCUAAGAGCUACUCCUGCAAGGAGGUAUAGCCCUCUUCUUUUACCACCUUAA